AUGGCUUUCCACAUCUUCUACCUCCCCUUCUACUUCCAAGCCAUCAAAGGCACCACCGCCGAAGAAUCCGGCAUCCGCACCAUCGCCUACCUAGUCAGCAUAACCAUCUCCUCAAUCGUCAUCGGCGGCCUCAUCACCCUCGUCGGCUGGUACGCCCCCUUCAUGUGGUUCGGCAGCGCCAUCUUCGCCAUCGGCGCCGGCAUGCUCUACACCCUCACCGUCCACUCCCCACCCGGCCAAUGGAUCGGCUAUCAGAUCCUCGCGGGUAUCGGCGCAGGAGCCGGUGUACAAAUCCCGUUCGUCGCUGUGCAGGUUGUUACGAACGAGACGGAUAUGCCUACGGCGAAUGCUUGCGUCAUGUUUUUUAAUUCGCUGGGUGGCGCGUUGUCGAUAAGUAUUGCGCAGAAUAUCUUUGUUAAUACGCUGGCGAAGGAGGUGCCGAGGUAUGCGCUGGGGUUUGAUGCGCGCAUCGUGGCGAAUGCUGGGGCGACGAAUUUGAGGAAUGUUGUGCCUGCGGAGAUACUGCCGGGGGUACUGCAUGGAUACAAUAAUGCGAUUGUCACGGCGUUCAUAUUGGCGAUUGCGACGAGUAGUGUGGCUUUCUUUGUUAGUCUGGGUAUGGAGCAGAAGAGUGUCAAGGGGAAGAAGAUCAUGGCCGGUGGUGCGGCAUAA